AUGAACGAGGAAGACUACCUUACACCACACCCACCAGAGGACGCACCUAGCUUAGACGAACUUUGUAAAACCCCAGCCAAUGAAAAGAAUUCCUCAGCUUGCAUCACUUGCUUCUUAGAGUUGGACAGUCCAAUAGAGAACACUAACUUCGUGAGGGACUACAGAAACUGCGUGCAAAAGUUCUUUGUUGCCGAGUACUUGGAGUGCUUUGAACCUCUGAAGGAUAUCCAGGAGCUCCUGCCACAGGAGAUAUCUCCAAAACUUCGGCGUGUUAACAACUGCAUCACAAAGAAGUUCAAAGGUCACAAGGUAAGCCUAGGGUUACCUGAUACGAAGAACCCACGCGCACACCAAACUGGUGGCAUAAGAUAAAUUGAUUAUCAACGUAUCACACAACGGUGCCCUUAGGAACAACCACAACGUAA